GGCUCUUCCCGGGCGUAGUGUGUAAUCAGACUCUCUUUAGCUCCAUUUCUUCCUUUCUUUUACAAUUCAUCCCGCUUUUUUUUUUUUUUCCUCCUCUCUCCUGGAUUAGGCAGCGAUCAAUCCUUCUCCCCGUGUCUGUUGAGAAACAGGUGAUCCUUGUUAACAGCGAUCAGUUUCUGGAUGCAGUUUCCUCUCCUGCGUUUGAAGGAUGAUGAUACCAGGCAAGACUGAAUCAGCAUAACUUUUACUUUGCAAGAGGAAAAACUUUUUUUCCCCUAUUUGAAGGCAUUAAAACACGUAGCAUUUAAAAGCAGAAGAAGUUGGUUUCAAAGCUGAACUUCUCCACUUUCCUGGGAUUUGUGUGUGUCAAUUACAAAGGCUGCGUCUUUUUUUUUUUUUCUUUUCUCCUCCCUUAUCCCCCAAAAGGAAACUGUUGCUAGUUGGAAUAGACUUUUUAAAUGUUUGGGAUUCAAGAUACUUUAGGAAGAGGACCAAUUCUGAAAGAUAAAUCUCUAGGCUCUGAAAUGGAUUCCGUCAGGUCCUGGGUCAGAAACGUUGGGGUUGUGGAUGCAAACGUAGCAGCACAAAGCGGAGUAGCUUUGUCCAGAGCUCACUUUGAAAAGCAGCCACCCUCCAACUUGAGGAAAUCCAAUUUCUUUCACUUUGUUCUGGCUCUCUACGACAGACAGGGGCAGCCCGUGGAAAUAGAGAGGACAGCUUUUGUGGACUUUGUAGAAAAUGAUAAAGAGCAAGGCAAUGAAAAGACGAACAACGGCACGCAUUACAAACUCCAGCUCCUUUAUAGCAAUGGUGUCAGGACUGAACAGGAUCUGUACGUUAGGCUCAUUGAUUCAGUCACUAAGCAGCCUAUAACUUACGAAGGACAGAACAAGAAUCCCGAAAUGUGCAGAGUUUUGCUUACCCAUGAAGUCAUGUGCAGUCGGUGCUGUGAGAAGAAAAGUUGCGGCAACAGAAAUGAGACUCCGUCUGACCCCGUGAUCAUUGACAGAUUCUUCUUAAAAUUUUUUCUCAAGUGCAAUCAGAAUUGUUUGAAAACAGCAGGAAACCCAAGAGAUAUGAGACGGUUCCAGGUUGUGCUAUCAACAACAGUGAAUGUUGACGGGCAUGUACUGGCAGUGUCUGACAACAUGUUUGUUCACAACAACUCCAAGCACGGACGGAGGGCACGGAGACUUGACCCCUCAGAAGCCACACCGUGCAUCAAAGCAAUCAGCCCCAGUGAAGGCUGGACUACAGGGGGAGCGAUGGUGAUCAUUAUCGGAGACAACUUCUUUGACGGGCUGCAAGUCGUAUUCGGAACCAUGCUUGUAUGGAGCGAGCUUAUCACGCCUCAUGCCAUCCGAGUUCAGACACCUCCACGUCACAUUCCCGGAGUGGUUGAAGUGACAUUAUCGUACAAAUCCAAACAGUUUUGCAAAGGCGCACCGGGCAGGUUCAUUUACACAGCUUUAAAUGAACCUACCAUAGAUUAUGGCUUCCAAAGACUGCAAAAGGUCAUCCCAAGACAUCCUGGUGACCCCGAAAGACUAGCUAAGGAAAUGCUGUUGAAACGAGCUGCUGACCUAGUUGAAGCACUGUACGGAACGCCACAUAACAACCAGGACAUCAUUCUGAAACGAGCUGCAGACAUCGCAGAAGCUCUCUACAGCGUCCCCAGGAACCCGGCACAGAUCCCUGCACUGUCCAGCUCUCCUGCUCACAGCAGUAUGAUGGGAAUCAACUCCUACGGCAGCCAGCUAGGAGUCAGCAUUUCAGAGUCAACACAGGGGAACAACCAAGGUUACAUUCGCAAUACCAGCAGCAUCUCGCCCCGCGGUUACUCGUCCAGUUCCACACCUCAACAGUCCAAUUACAGCACCUCCAGCAACAGCAUGAACGGCUACAGCAACGUCCCCAUGUCAAACCUGGGCGUUCCCGGCUCCCCUGGCUUCAUUAACGGCUCUCCCACAGGAUCCCCCUAUGGAUUAAUGUCUUCAAGUCCAACAGUCGGCUCCUCCAGCACUUCUUCCAUCCUUCCAUUCUCCUCUUCCGUCUUUCCUGCUGUCAAACAGAAGAGUGCCUUUGCUCCUGUCAUCAGACCCCAAGGGUCUCCUUCUCCCGCCUGCUCUAGCGGCAAUGGCAAUGGGUUCAGAGCCAUGACUGGUCUUGUCGUUCCCCCGAUGUAAGGCAGAGGCAGCUUUGCUCCUCUCCCUCUUCCCUUUUUUCCUCUUUUUUUUUUCAUUUUUCUUUUACAGCACAAAACUACUUAUUGUGAUGGACCACUAAAAAGAAAAAAAAUAGCACUACAAGCUCUUUUUUGGGGGAAAGCCAGGCCCAGGAAAAAAAAAAGGAACAUUUUUUAUGGAUGGGACAAGCUAGAAGUCUGCAUCUUUUACCUGUUUCGUAUUUCUGACACAACCCCGUCAACUCCUAAAACAUUGUGGAUGAGGAACCAGCCAAGAGCCAGCACCAACAGCAGUUGGCAGAACGGAACCGGAAACGCCGUCUUUCUCGAAAGACACGAAACCUUCCUAAGAUUUGUAAAAUAUUCAAAGGAGAAAGAAAUUGGCAAAAUGAUUCAAGCUUGAUAUUUUGGAUACAAUUUGUUUUACUUUGUAGGGCAAAAAAGUUGAAGUUUCUAUUUUCUAUCAGAUAUCGAUUUAGUUUAUGCAGAAAAAAAAUUUCAACAAAACAGGGUACCAGCAUGAAAGAAUUUCUAGGACAAACUGACACGAAUGAUGGAACUUUGGUGUAUGUGUGUAUUUGCUUAUAGUUUAACCUCUUUAAAAAAUG